CGAUCCGUCAUUUCAGCCAACGAGCUCGCAUAGCAAUCACGUACAUAUCUCGAGUUAGUUCAGUCAGUUCAGUCCUGCAACUAUCGCAAUACAUCGGCUAGUUGUUUGUGCAAGUGACUUUUAAACCGUUCGUCAUCUAUAAUUUCAAUUUUAGUUUGUGCAUAUUGAUAUUUUGGUGUUGCAACGAUUCUACGAAGCAUAGGAGCUGGCGAAAAUGUUUCGAUUGGGACAGAUUGUGAUUCGCAAUGGCCAAAAGGUGAAAGCCAUCGAACUACGAAGAUGCCUUUCGGCGGCACCGCAAACGCAAAAGCGUGCGGAGAAUAGCCCAGAAGCCGAUGACAAGAAGCCCAACAUGUCUUUUCUGACCAACAUCUUCCGCGGUGAAGUACAACCUUCUCAGGUCUUCCCCUAUCCCGAAGUACUGGAUGCCGAACAGAAGGAGUACAUUUCGGCGUUUGUUGACCCCGUGACUAGAUUUUUCGAGGAAGUCAACGAUCCAGUUAAAAACGACACCACCGCCAACAUUGAUCAAACCACCUCGGAUGCUCUCUGGGAGCUGGGAGCCUUCUCGCUUCAGGUUCCUCCGGAGCACGGUGGUCUCGGCCUGAACAACACUCAGUACUCGAGAAUGUGCGACAUCAUCGGUGGACAGGACUUGGGAUUGGGAAUCUUCAUCGGUGCGCAUCAAAGUAUUGGUUUCAAAGGAAUCCUGCUGUACGGAACUAAGGAGCAAAAGGAAAAAUACCUGCCAAAAGUUUCCACCGGGCGUACCUAUGCGGCGUUUGCCUUGACUGAACCGAGUUCCGGUUCGGACGCCGGUUCAAUCCGAUGCCGCGCCGUGAAAACGUCAGACGGGAAACACUAUGUACUCAAUGGGUCUAAGAUUUGGAUUUCCAACGGUGGAAUUGCGGACAUUAUGACCGUUUUCGCUCAAACUGAAUUCGAAGAUCCUCGCACCGGACAGAAGAAGGAUAAGGUGACCGCAUUCAUUGUCGAACGCGGUUUCGGUGGUGUUACCAGCGGUCCACCGGAGAAUAAAAUGGGCAUCAAAUGCUCAAAUACGGCUGAGGUUUACUUCGAGGAUUGUAAGAUUCCAAUUGAAAACGUUCUGGGAGGUGAGGGCAAUGGUUUCAAGGUGGCCAUGAAUAUUUUGAACAAUGGUAGAUUCGGAAUGGCUGCUACCCUUUCUGGUACCAUGAGAGCUUGUAUUCAGAAGGCUACCGAACACGCCACGAAUCGCGUUCAGUUCGGAAGAAAGCUGGAAACCUAUGGUGGUAUCCAGGAGAAGCUUGCCCGUAUGGCUACGCACCACUAUGCGACACAAUCGAUGGCGUACAUGAUCUCUGGAAACAUGGAUUCCGGUUCAACGGAUUACCAUCUGGAAGCAGCCAUCUCUAAGGUAUUCGCUUCGGAAUCGGCGUGGUAUGUGUGCGACGAAGCUAUUCAGAUUCUCGGCGGAAUGGGAUUCAUGAAGGACGCUGGAUUGGAACGAAUUCUGCGAGAUUUGAGAAUCUUCAGAAUCUUUGAAGGAACUAAUGAUAUUCUGAGACUGUUUGUCGCCUUAACCGGUAUCCAAUACGCGGGGUCGCAUCUUAAAGAGUUACAGAAGGCGUUCAAAAAUCCUGCUGCCAAUCUGGGAUUGAUUUUCAAGGAAGGAUCCCGACGGGCGAUCCGUAGCAUCGGCUAUGGCGGAACCGAUCUUACUCCCUUCGUUGCUGGUCCACUUAAAGAUUCAGCAAAGCAGUGUUCUGAGAGCAUUGACAUUUUCGGCCAGGCGGUAGAAUCUCUAUUGGUCAAGCACGGUAAGGGAAUUGUCGAAGAACAGUUCAUGUUGAACCGGUUGGCAGAUGCCGCCAUCGACACUUACUCCAUGGCUGUCGUUCUGUCUCGCGCAUCUCGGGCCGUUCAGAAGAGUCUGCCUUCCGCCGAUCACGAGGUCCUGAUGGCACAGGCCUGGUGUCAUGAGGCAGCCGAUCGAGUGCGCGUCAAUAUCCGCAAAAUCAACACCGACUCGUUUGCGAAAAACUACGGUCGGAUGUCGCAGAUUUCCAAGAACAUUUGCGCGCACAAUGGAAUUGCGCAUAACAAUCCACUGGAUAUUGACUAAGCGGGGAGCGGUUGUUAGCAAAUUAGUUUCAACGUUUGCCGAUAUGGUUCGGAUUGAUUUUCUAGCGAAAAUUUAAUUAAGGAUCCAGCACUAUUUUGUCAAAUAUUCACCCAAUCGUAGUCAUAUGCACUGUUGUUGAGGAGAAGGUUAGACAAUGCUACAAGAGUUGGGCCUUGCUCCAAUUGUCACUGUACGCGAGAUGAAAGAUAUUGGAAUGAACGAUUGAUCGACACAAUAGAUAAAUAAAUUCACCUACAUCCACUGAUUUAUGUUAAGAUUUUUGGUUAUCAGGAUACCCACCCGUUAUGUUUUGUUCGAUGUACAUACAAUUAACUUAAGAACGAACUGUGUACUUUAUGUUUAGAAAAUAUAUUUAAUUUUACUAGAAAA